AUGGCCGCAAUUGCAGGUAAACGAUUGAGUGAUUUCAUACAAAAGGAGUCAGACAUUGAAUUAGAAAAAAUAUUUAUUUGGUCUGAUAGUAAGUUAGUGCUAAAUUGGAUACUAAUAAGCGACAAAGAAAAACAGCCACGGUUUAUAAAGAGAAGAAUAGAAGAAGUAACUCAAAAUAAAAAUUUGAUUUGGAAAUAUGUUCCCACUGAAUUAAAUAUAGCUGAUAUCGCAACUAGGGGUUUAACUUGUAAUGAAUUGACAGAAAAGAAAAGUUGGUGGCAAGGUCCAACAUUCCUUCGAAAAAAUAAAAACGAAUGGCCGAAAGCAAUAGAAUUUGAAAAAAUAGCUAGCCCCAAAGAGACAAAAAUAGAAUUUAUAAUGAAUGUCACGACAGAAAAAAUAAUGAAUUUAAAUGCGCGAAGUGAGUGGAAUAAAACAAUUACAAUUGGAACAAUAAUUUGCAAAUUCUUUUAGAAAAUAAUUAAAAAUAUUAAUUUAAAAACUCAAUUUUUCAUUGCACUAAAAAAUACUAAAACAAACGUAGGUCUUCGAAAAUUCGGUGAAAUAUUAAUUCUAAAAGAAGCUCAAAACCAAAAUAAACCUACAGAAAAAGAAAUCUUUGAGUUAUAUAUGAGAAAAAAUGAAUUUGGAAUCUGGGUCUGUC